UGGGGAUAGGGAAGCUUCCAGAGAGACCCGUGACAGGGCCAUAGGGAUGCUGGGUCUGGAAACCAAAAGCCACUGGACUCUGUAAACCCACUAGGCACAGCAGAGGCAGAAGGGGUGAUGAGCACAAGGCGAGUGGUGGUGGAGGCGCCCCCCGGGGCCAGCCCCAGCAUGCCCCUCCAGAGGCACCGGGCAUCCUUCAGGGGAGCACGGAUAUCAUCUCCCCUGGAAAGCCCCCCAGCCUCCAGGACCAACGCUGUGGGUGGUCUUGUCCGAGCACCCAGGGUCUAUGUAGGGAUGGCACCCACUGUGUGCACAGGUGGCCUGGCGGCCCGUGUGACCCGUCGGGCCCUGGGCAUCAGCAGUGUCUUCCUGCAAGGCCUGCGGAGCUCAGGAACCACGGCGCCUAUUCCAGGCCUGGAAAGGGACCUCAGUGUCGUCGAGGACCUGGGGGGUUGCCUGGUGGAAUACAUGGCCAAGGUGCACGCCCUCGAGAAGGUCAGCCAGGAGCUGGAGGCACAGCUGCAGAUGCACCUGGAGAGCAAGGCCGGGCGCUCGGAGAACUGGGGUGCCCUCAGGGCCUCCUGGGCCAGCAGCUGCCAGCAGGUGGGAGAAGCAGUCCUGGAAAACGCCCGGCUCAUGCUGCACACGGAGAAUAUCCAGGCGGGUGCAGACGACUUUAAAGAGAGAUAUGAAAACGAGCAGCCGUUCCGAAAGGUAGCGGAAGAAGAAAUUAACUCUCUGUAUAAAGUCAUCGAUGAAGCUAAUAUGACAAAAAUGGAUCUGGAGAGUCAAAUACAGAGCCUGAAAGAAGACCUUGGCUUUCUGUCAAGGAGCUAUGAAGAGGAUGUGAAAAUGCUGUACAAACAGUUGGCAGGGUCUGAGCUGGAACAAAUGAACGUUCCCAUUGGCACUGGUCUGGACGACAUCCUUGAGACGAUCAGAAUUCACUGGGAGAGAGAUGUCGAAAAGAACCGGGUGGAGGCAGGAGCCUUGCUCCAAGCCAAGCAACAGGCGGAGGUGGCCCGCAUGGCCCGGACCCAGGAGGAGAAGCUGGCUGCUGCCCUCAGGGUGGAGUUACACAACACUUCGUGCCAAGUCCAGAGCCUCCAGGCUGAGACGGAAUCCCUGCGGGCCCUGAAACGAGGCCUGGAGAACACCCUGCACGAUGCCAAGCACUGGCACGACAUCGAGCUGCAGAACCUGGGCGCCGUGGUGGGCCGGCUGGAGGCGGAGCUGCGGGAGAUGCGCGCCGAGGCCGAGCAGCAGCAGCAGGCGCGCGAGCAUCUGCUGGCGCACAAGUGCCAGCUGCAGAGGGACGUGGCGUCCUACCACGCCCUGCUGGACCGGGAGGAGAGCGGCUAAUGAAGAAACUUCCUCUCUUCAUGAAGAAAAUGCUGCCUUCCUCACCCAGUGGCCAAUGAAGUUCCUCGAGGAGCUCUCCCACCACCACCCCCAUCGGCCCUCACCCCCAACCCUCCCACUCCCACCCCUACCCCGAGAUGGAGUCCCUGCUGGAUUCCCUGGUUGAGCUGAAAACCUUCCUGGGAGUGGAGAGGGUCCUUCUGCCUUAAUUUAAGUAGUCUGUAGCUUGAGCAACCUCCCUUGGCCCUCUCCAAAUAAAUGCUUUGUGUGCGGCUUCCAGUCUGCCCACCUUGUUCAACUCA